AUGGCCGGCCAACUUUGGCUUCUCGAUCACAACUACGCGUACUCGGUCUACAAGUCGUGUAAGAAUGCAGGCGACAGCUUCCGUGAAAUCACCGCCGAGGUCGACUCACUACGAUCCUUCCUUCUUGCUCUGGACAACGAGUACAAAAGGCCUCGAUCCUCGUUCCGACACCUUACGCCUGUGCAAGAAGGCCGGUUGGCAGCUAGCUUGCAGGACUGCCGAGCGGAUCUUCGUUCGGUGAAAGCGAUAUUACACGACUUCCGCUCGCUCGACACUGGCGAUGGACGGUAUCGCGAUAAGCUCGCCUUCACGAGUGGGAAACAAGCUACGAUAAGGGACAAGAUCGGUGCGCAUAAUUCCCGGCUACAACAGCUUCUCAGUGGCCUGAAUGUCGCGACGUUUUCCAGGAUCGAGAGGAACACUGAGGCACACUAUCUUUCGUUGCUUGAGAUUCACGGAAAGUUGGAUAAAAUCCGCAGGGACAUAUCCUCUGGAAGGCGCAAUGCCGUGGCCGUCGAUGAUGUCGAUGAAGCAGUGGCAUUGGAAGAUGAGAUCCUCGAUGAUAACAUGACUGAGCCGGACGUCGACCUCUCAUAUGAGGUUCAUGAGUGGAUCAACCAGUUCAGCAGCCAGAUGACGCGAUCUGCGAACGAAAAUGGUCACUCCAGCCGCCUAUCCCCUGGUAGUGAUAGAGCAGCUCUCACAAGCUUCGAUCUCUCCCACCUUAACGCAAAUCGUAGAAUUACGCACAAUGUAACACCAGCCUCCUUGGUCACAGAUGCUGGUGAGCAGCUGACCAUUCUACCUGAUGGGUAUUAUGGUGUCUCCCUUGGAACGUGGCGUUGGGGCAAGACAAGCAAAUGGUGGAAGGAGAUCAGUGAUGUCGAUCUUCUGCUUAGCGGCUUUCGUCGAAGCCUGAUCGUUAGACACCCAAUCUUCUAUAAGCUCGAAUUGUCCUUAGAGGAGUUGUAUUUUGAGGAAGCAAAGACAAUUCAUGUACGACGAAGAGUCUUGCGACCGAAGGAUCGGGACAAAGUCUCUUUCGAAGACCUCUCACUCGAUGUGUAUUUCAGGAAUAUGUUAAGGGAAGAGAAGAGCACAGUCGAGUUUCUAAAAGCUGGCAAUCAGCAUGCAAAAUAUUUCGAAGACAUUGUAUUUGUGUUGAAAUUCAAACCAGACGCUGUGUUUUACUGUUGUGGUUUUAACCUAGCACACGAGAUCCGCAUUUCUAUAGUAGAAGCCAAGGUGGGUUGGAGAAGAGAGAUACGCCACCCCAACGGCAACACCAUCGAGAUCUGUGCGAACGGCCCAACAAACAUUCGGCACUACCUGAAAAUGAGGAACCAAGGACUUCCUCAGCGCAACACAGGUUGGUGGAGCGACGAGAUUAAUGGAUAUGGAGGCAUACUUCUCUGGAUUAAAGUCACGGACAUUGAAGCGGUCUCUAUUGAGCAGUUGGACCAGCUGGAGAUUCGAGGAGGAGGAUACUUUGCUCGGAUAGUGGGAGGUGAUGGUCAUAUAUUCGAGUCUACGCAAGAAUCACCUGGGGAUGUAUCGGAUUUUGGGGAACGUGCGGUGAAGCACAGCAAAUUGUUACGCGAUAGGCGUGAGCAGCGCAUAAACGAUGUGAAGUGGGCUCAGGCUCUUGGUGUGAAGGUCUAG